AAGAAUUCAAAUUACACAUCCAGAAAAGCAAACUUCACAGUCCUAAAUAAAUUUUAUUCCCAGCGGGCCACAACGGAAGUCCCGCCGCCUAUACAAGCAAUAUAAUACUCCCAACACAACCACACGAGCGCAUAUUAUAAAUCAAAAAGUACACAAUCCCUGAACACCCACAGUUCCAAAAGGGCAAAAAACUAAGUAGAGCUCUCAAGCCCUCACUUUCAAUUCACCUCGUUCUUACCAUAAAUAUAUAUAUAGGCUGUCUUGCCCUAUAUAUAUUCUUUCCAUUUUUCUGUUUCUCUGAAACCGAUGCAUGUGAGAUUCUGGUAUGGGGAAGUACAUGAGAAAAUCCAACAAAGGGUCGGAUGUGUCGGGGGUGGGGGGCCCACCUCGUUUUUUUGGUGGGGUUUUGACUAGGGCCAAAACCCUGGCGCUCAAGAAAGCCGGGGUGGUUCCGGCGCCGGUGGGGGACGGUGGGGCCUACAUCCAGCUGAGGAGCAGGAGGCUGGAGAGACCCGUGUUGGGUGUGGAGCAGAAGAAGAGGAGGGGGCCUAGUGAAGCUAGGGCUAGGGCUGAGGAGAAGCUGGGGGAUGGGUCGGGUGGGGAAGUCGGGUCGGGUCAAUUGGGUGGGGAUUUGGGAUCUCGAGGCUCUGGUGGAGGGAAUGCUUUGCCUUUUGAAGCAAACGGAAGGGAGGAACGGGAGGCCAGUUUUUGCAGUUCGCCACGGAACCAAAAUGUUGUUAGAACUUCUGGUUCCGUUACUAGAGCUGUCAACUCAACCGAGGACAAUGGGAUAGUUCUUAACCCAGUGCUAGUACCAACGCCACAUGAAUUUGAAGCGUUCUUUUCUGAAGCAGAGGAGUCGCAACGACAACAGUUUAUCAAAAAGUACAACUUUGAUCCACUCGAAGAGAAGCCCCUUCCCGGACGUUAUGAAUGGGUGAAAGUGGACCCAUAGAACCUGUUACCAGUUCGUCAGGACUCAACGUGUUCCAGUUUUGUAUGAUCUAAAACCGGGGGCAGUUGAAGAUGUAGAUUGGCCGCGUUGCUCGUAUAUUCAUUCUCCAGUACCCUUAAUAUACCCGUAGAGAAUAUAGGUUAUCAGUAACAGUGUAUACUGUAGACUAAUGUUUCGUUUUGUUACAAAGGUGCGUGAGUUGAACACAAAAGAUCCUUUGUUUAACAUAUCAUCUGUAAGAGCCAAGAGUUGGGAGGGGAAUAUAUGCUAAAUAUUUAGAUUUA